UUGUACUGGAAAACCGCUGUCUUUUUUUUUUUUUUUUUCCAAUGAAAAACCACCCUUUCAUGUUAUAAGUACACAAAUUCCUCUACCUUACUACACAAAACCCAAGCAAGAUUGUUAUUGAUUUCAACUUGAACCCCUUGUUUCCUCCAUUUCCAUUACCAUGGAGUUUCCUCUUCAAGACCCACAAUCACCAAAAGCCACCAUCAUGAGCCAUGUGUUAGUGGUUCCAUACCCAUCACGUGGACACAUCAACCCCAUGAUGAACCUAAGCAAGUUACUUGUCUCUAAUAACCCUAACAUCCUUGUCACCUUUGUUGUCACACAAGAAUGGCUAACCUUAAUUGAUUCAGAACCAAAACCCGACAACAUAAGAGUUGAAUCCAUCCCUAACGUUGUUGGUGACAAGUUUAUGGAUGUUGUUGAAGCUGUUAUGACUGAAAUGGAAGCGCCUUUCGAGCGGUUAAUCGAUCGGCUUGUUCGGCCACCGGUGACGUUUAUCAUCUGCGAUUGUUUUCUCUUUUGGGCAAUUCGUGUUGGAAACCGGAGGAAUAUUCCAGUGGCUGCAUUCUGGACAACCUCAACGUCGGAGUUGUGGGUGCAAUUUUUCCAUAUCUUCCUACAACGCAAGAAUUUAGAAAAUGGUGAAUAUUAUAUCGAUUAUAUUCCAUCAAAUUCUUGGGUUCGUCUAGCAGAUAUUCCUCUUCUUGAUAAGAACAACCACCAAAUUUUGCAAUGGGCUCUCAAAAGUUGUCAAUGGCUUCUCAAAGCACAAUAUCUAUUACUACCUUCAAUUUAUGAGCUUGAACCUCAAGUAAUUGAUGCAUUAAAAUCAAAGCUCACAAUUCCAAUUUACACAAUUGGUCCAAACAUACCUUACUUUAAUCUUGGACACAACUUAAAUUCUCUAAAUGCUACUAAUAAUGGUGCUGCCCAAAGUUACAUAGAUUGGUUAAAUCUCCAACCUAAUGGUUCUGUUUUGUACAUUUCAUAUGGAAGUUAUCUAUCGGUUUCAAGAACACAAAUGGAUGAUAUUGCAGCUGCAUUGCACGAUAGUGGUGUUCGGUUCUUGUGGGUAACGCGUGACGAGACUCAUAGAUUGAAACAUAUGUGUGGGAAAAUGGGGUUUGUUGUGCCAUGGUGUGACCAAUUGACGGUAUUGUCACAUCCUUCUAUAGGUGGUUAUUGGACACAUUGUGGUUGGAAUUCUGUUAUUGAAGGUGUUUUUUCUGGGGUUCCUUUUUUAACAUUUCCACUUGCUAUGGAUCAACCACUAAUUAGUAAGAUUAUUGUUGAGGAUUGGAAAAUUGGGUGGAGAGUGAAAAAGGAUGAUAAGUUAGACACUUUGGUGACAAAAGAGGAAAUUGUUCUCUUGAUAAGGAAAUUCAUGGAUUUGGAUUUUGAUUUAGGAAGGGAUUUGAGAAAAGGAGCUAAAGAGUUUCAGCUUUUAUGUCAGCUAGCAAUAAAGGAAGGUGGGUCAUCUGCAACUAAUGUUAAAGCCUUUUUGAAGAAUAUAGUGGAAAGUGGUUUGACACAUGAAGCAUCAAAUGGAAUACAUAAAGUUCAAGCUGCUAUUGAGAAUUUCAAUUAAAUUGUUGUAUCUUUUGUCAUGCUUAAUGAUUAAAUAAAGGUAUAGUUGUUUGGUUAAUUGUAUCAUAAAGAUUAAGUUUGUAUUAAAAAAAUUGAAGGUCUGAGAUUUUCAAAAUUUUCUUCAA